GUCUCUGCGCUCCGGCACCGGCUGACACAUGAACAGCGCUCCGCUGUGCUCCUCUCCGCUCUGCACUGCUCCGAGCUGCGCGUCUCACCGGCACCAGGAGUAGACACGGAUUAGGAUCUAUGCUUACAGAGCCUGUGCAGGUCGGCAUCUGUCCAUCCCGCUGCUGUUCGCCUCCAGAUCACCGGUCUCUUCCAGCAGCCGUCUGGUCGUUUCCCUGCUCCUCCGCUCUAUGAAUGGUGCGCACUGUUCAGCGGCUCCCACUCGGCUCCAGAGAAAACAAGUGCACUGUGCCCUCCAGUCUCCCUCCAACAGGUGCCUUUGGUGGCCUCCCACUGUGAACUUGGCACUUCCCACUCUAAAACCUCCUCUGAAGCCCACUGGGAGGUCUGCAGCAACCUUUGAAAGCCUCAAGUGUGAAGUUGGUCAGCGGCAGGCUGAGAGAUGAAGACAUGUGCCAUGUUUCUGGCAGCUCUGCUGCUCCCCAGCAUCCAAGCAGUGUGUCCGGAUAAGGAGCCAGGACUGCAGCCAUGGAUGCCAGGACACAGUGAAGACCACCGUGUUACAAUUGGUUAUGGCAGGAAGGUCCUCCUCACAACUUCUGCCACAGUUCACUCCAUAGAGAUUCUGAAUGGUGGAAAGUUGGUGAUUGCUGACACCAACCGGCCCAUACUGCUCCGAACAAAGCACAUUCUGAUUGGGAACAAAGGGGAGCUACACAUCGGAAGCCCAGACUGUCCUUAUAAAGGCAACCUCACCAUCUCCCUGUUUGGAAGAUUGGAUGACAGCGAUCAGGAACACAGCUACUUUGGGAGGAAGUACAUUGGCGUGGGGACAGGAGGGAUUCUAGAGAUCCAUGGAAAAAAGAAGCUGUCGUGGACGUUCCUAAACAAGACCCUCCACCCUGGAGAGAGCAACCAAAACAACUACCUGUUUCAGAGAAGCUGGGGCAACAGAGGCAUCAUUAUCCACGUCAUCGAUCCCAAGACCGGAGAGGUGCUGCGCGAUGACAGGUUUGACACAUACCGCAGUAAAGACGAGAGUCGUCGCCUCACUAAGUAUGUGGAAGGAGUGGAAGCGGGGCUCAUACUGGUCAUGGUGGUCAACGACGAGGGCUCCAAUAACUUAGAGGACUCAGCCAAGAAGAGUCUCUCCAGGCUGGGCAGUCAGCACAUCAGCAGUCUGGGAUUUCGGCAUCCCUGGACCUUUAUAGUGACAAAAGGUGAUCCUUCCUCGGUUGUGGAGGAUCACGCUGUCUAUCAAGGGACCAAGGCCUCCUCAGAGGCCCGGAGCUCUCGUGUUUUUCGGUCGAGUUAUGGGGAGCAUUUCACCAUCACCACCAGCAGCCAGUGGGUGCAAGAGGCAGAGUGGACAGAAUGGUUUGACAGGGAUGAUGAGAGGGGAUCUGGAGACUGGGAGAAACUGUCUGACCUGCACGAGGCCUAUCCAGACCGACUGUGUGGCAGUCCACUGGACAUCCAGGCUGAAACCCAUGACGGCAUACCAUCCAACCAGACAGGAGACGUGAUCCACAAGAACGACAAGGACUAUGGCUUUGUCUGCCUCAACAAGGACCAGGCUCAUGGCCUCUGUCGCAACUACAGGGUCCGCUUCCUCUGUGGGAAACUGGUUCGCCCACAGGCCUCCAUUUCCAUCGACAUGUUGUCCAACAGCAGCAUCCUGGAGCUCGCUGACCAACCAGAGGGCUGGGGGUCAGGGGAUCGGGUGGUGGUGGCCAGCACAGACUACUCCAUGCACCAGUCCGAAGAGUUUACCCUGUUGCCCUGCCCUACUUGCACAUCCAACCAGGUCAAGGUCCAAGGUAAGGCCCAGUUCAUCCACAUGGGUGAGGAGGUGGACGGGGUGGAUAUGAGGGCAGAGGUUGGCCUGCUGAGUCGUAACAUCCUGCUCCGUGGUGAGAUGCAGCCCGGCUGCUAUGGCAACGAGGCCUGCAAAUUCUUCGACUUCGACACUUUUGGUGGACAUUUGAAGGUGGAGCGAGGCUUCAGGGCAGUUCAUAUAUCUGGGAUGGAGCUGCAGCACAUGGGCCAGCAGACAAUGGGACACUAUCCCAUCCAUUUCCAUAUGAAUGGAGACGUGGAUGAGAGGGGAGGCUACAACCCCCCCACCUCCAUCAGAGAUCUCUCCAUCCACCACUCGUUCUCCCGCUGCGUCACCAUCCACGGCUCCAACGGGAUGCUGGUAAAGGAUGUGGUGGGAUAUGACACACUAGGCCACUGUUUCUUCACGGAGGAUGGUCCAGAGGAGAGGAACACCUUUGACCACUGUCUGGGUCUGAUGGUGAGAGCAGGGACCUUGCUGCCUUCAGACAGAGACAGCAAAAUGUGCCGGGACAUCACUGAAGGAGCUUAUCCAGGAUAUGUGGCCAACCCACGCCAAGACUGCAGCGCGACUUCAACUUUCUGGAUCGCCAACCCCAAUAACAACCUCAUCAACUGUGCUGCUGCAGGCUCAGAGGAAACAGGUUUCUGGUUCAUCUUCCAUCAUGUGCCCACUGGUCCCUCAGAGGGGUUGUACUCCCCUGGACACACUGAACACACACCUAUGGGCCAGUUCAUCAACAACAGAGCCCAUUCGAACUACAGGGCUGGAAUGAUCCUUGACAAUGGAGUAAAGACCACCCAGGCUAACGACAAGGACAAGAGACCCUUCUUGUCUCUGAUUGGAGCCAGGUAUGGCCCGCACCAGGAUGCUGACCCCUUCAAACCCAGAGUCCCUGCUCUCAUCCACCACUUUGUAGCUUAUAAGAACCAGGACCACGGAGCCUGGCUGAGAGGAGGGGAUGUCUGGCUGGAUGACUGCCAAUUUGCUGAUAAUGGUAUUGGCCUUACUCUGGCAAGUGGAGGGACGUUUCCAGAUGACGACGGCUCCCGUCAGCAGGUGAAGAACUCGCUGUUUGUGGGUGAGAGCGACAAUCGCGGGAUGCCACUCCCUGACAACCGGCUCUGGGGCCCCGGGGGUUCUGACCUCAAUAGCAGGACCCUGCCACGUGGCAUUGAUUUUCCUAUCCGGGGCAUGCAGAUCUACGACGGGCCCAUCAAUGUGCAGAACUGUACAUUCAGAAAAUACACAGCGCUGGACGGACGACACACCAGCGCCUUUGGCUUCAGGCUCAACAACUCGUGGCAGAGCUGCCCCAACAAUAACGUCACUGACAUCACCUUUGACCACGUACCUAUCACAUCUCGGGUGUUUUUCGGGGAACCGGGUCCCUGGUUUAACAAGAUGCAGAUGGAUGGGGACAAGACGACCAUCUUCCACGAUAUCGAUGGCUCGGUCAGCGAGUAUCCCGGAGCAUUCCUGGUGAAGGAGGACAACUGGCUUCUCCGUCACCCUGACUGCAUCGACGUCCCGGACUGGAAGGCUGCUAUCUGCAGCGGGCACUACGCACAGAUCUACGUCCAGACACGUAACCCUGCCAACCUGAACAUGCACAUAGUGAGGGAUGAGUACCCUGAUCGGCCCCUGACACUAGAGGGCGCCCUGGGGAAGAAGAAACACUACCAACAGUUCCAGCCGGUGAUUACACUGGCCAAAGGCUACACCGUACACUGGGACCAGGCGGCGCCUGCUGAGGUCACCAUCUGGCUCAUCAACUUCAGCAAAAAUGACUGGAUCAACGUGGGCCUCUGCUACCCACAAGGCACCACUUUCACCGUCAUCUCCGACAUCCACAAUCGCCUGACCAAACAGACCCGCAAGACGGGCGUCUUCAUCAGGACGACACAGAGGGAGAAGAUCCAUCACUCCCACCCGACCAGAGGAUACUACUACUGGGAAGAAGACACCGGCCUGCUCUUCCUGAAGGUAAAGGCCCAGAACGACAAGGAGAAGUUUGCCUUCUGCUCUGUCAAGGGUUGUGAGAGGGUGAAGAUCACAGCUACCAUCCCUAAAGGCAGUCCUCCCAGCAACUGCAUGGCCAAGGCCUACCCCCGACACACCGAGCUGCCCAUUGUUGAUGUACCCAUGCCCAAAAAGAUACCUAAUGCCAAGCAGCACUCACCAGACCACUUCCUGGAGGUCAAACUGGAGUCCUAUAACACCCGCUUCUUCCACAUCAAGGAGGACUUUGCCUUUACUGAGGUGAACGGGAGGAAGCUGUACCAAGCAGAAGACGGGGUGCAGCUGACAGUAAUUGACGGGCAUGAUGGGACGGUGGUGGAGAGCAAAGGCUUCAGGAACUCCAUUCUACAGGGCAUCCCUGCACAGAUAGACAACUACGUCAGUGGACUGAGAGACGGCUCUGUCGUUCUCAUGACGUCUAAGGGCCGUCUGGUUACCAGAGGAUCCUGGACUAAAGUCCUGGAGAAACUUGGAGCAGACAAAAGCAUCAAAUUGAAAGAUAAGCUGGCAUUUGUGGGGUUCAAGGGCUCCUUCCACCCUGACUGGGUGCAUCUGGAGGUGGACACUGAGCGAGCCAAGGUCCAUCAGGUCCUGCCUGUCCCCGUGGUGCACAAGAUGAAACUAUGAGUGGCAGGCGGAGUGGGGAGGAAAGCCAAGAGACCAUGUAGCCCCAGAUACUGACACAUAUACCCACUCCCACCCCCCACCCCCCAUCCCCCCCAAAAACAAACAAAAAAAAAAAUAUGCAUACACUGACACACACUAACACACACACACACACACACACUUCCAGCACUGAAGAGCCGGUUGCUCCAAGCCAUUGGUCCAGGAUCAAGUGGGUUUGGUGGUCAGAAAAAAUGGUGUGAUUCAGUGUGUUGAAAAGGGGGAAGACCUUUUCCCAGAGCCAGCACUGCCCACGAUGAACUGUAUCUGUGUAAGAGAGCCACCAUCAGUACAGCGCUUUAAAGUGACAGCACACCCUGUGGCAGCCAUGUAGGAGGUCUUCAGCGAUUUAGCAACAAUGGCUCAGAACAACCAAUGGUGUUUGCAGAAACUUGGUUGUCUCCACAGACAUUAAUAGAUAAGAUUGGUACUGGUUCUGUGUCUGACUGAACACUAUCAUUGUGUCACUAACAUUGUUAUUAUGUUUACAUAAUGUUAGCUUGCCAGCUAAAGUAACCAUAGGGUUUGGUCAUGGACAUUAACUUAGUUUCAUGCUGACAUUAACAUUGGCCUGUUUGCUAAAUUAUUCAGUAGGCUUAUUAACUCAGAAAAAGCCAAAAACCUUAACUGCCUCUUCCCAAGCAACAGCUAGUAGAGCUUUGGCAUCAAAACCGGGGCUGAACACAGUCCAAUCUUUAAUCAUCUGUACGCAGUCUGUUAUCUAACUGACUUUGUUAUUGGUUUACCCCAGCACUCUGACAUCUACAGCAAGAGUGUUGAUACCCUUUGGUGUCAUUGUUAGAUGGGACUGUUGAACGAUGCUGUUAAAUGAUGGUCUUUAGUUUGGGCUAUGCUUGGAAUGAACGAGUUAAACCGCACAUGUCUAAAGGCAACAUGAACAGUCACACCUGAUGGUGGACGUGCCAAUGGUUGUAUUGGCACACACCUUUGGUCAUUCUCUCCGGAAAUACGUUAAAGGUCUUGCAGGCAUUUUUUACACAAGAAGUGACAGAAUUGUAUAAAGACUGGAAAAACAAGAGCUUUAGAGAUGUGCCUGCUUUCACACCUCCACACUGGCAAAUCGCUGGUUUGACUGAGUGGGAUUUUAACUUUUUGAAAGCUACUAAAAUUGUUGCUUGUUUUUAGUGGCUGGCACUUUUGGACACAGUGGUUUCACUUUACCAGCUGUGAGCAUCGGGGGAUACUGAAUCUAUGUUGCCUCUGGUUAACCCUGUGACCAAGGAGGGAACAUUCAUCUAGUGUAGACUAGUUUGUAAAUGUUAUUUGAUCACAUCUGAAGGCAAACGUCUUUUUAGCUGUUCCUGAUGGCCCCUUUAAAGGUGCAGCAUAAAGCCUCUCUUCAUGGAGAGGAUCAAGGUAUAAUAAUUCUUUCAAUGGGAAUAAUGAUACACACUUUCUUGGCAAACAAAUAUUACUGGUGUUAUAUUUGUUUGCUGACACAGAAACUGAUGGAAGUAGUUGUGUGAGAAAUGAAAAAAGACUGAGACACAGAGAGUUCAAACCCAGGGUUUUAGCUGCGGAAUUAGAGUGCUCACAUAGCUUGGAGCUGCUCACCAAGACAGGGACAUUUUCAAAAUUGGAUCUUUUGGAAGUUUUUGAAUCCUCAAGUCACAAAGGGUUUUUGUCUGGUCUUUUAUUAGCUGGAAUGGGUAGUCCAUACGUCCUUCUCUGGUCAGGAUCACGUUGGCAGGAGGAUGAGCAAAGUAGUCCAGAUGCCCCUCUCUCUAGCCACAUCCUCCAGCACUUCUGGUAAUCCCGAAGCCUUCCCGUGGCAGAUGGGAUAUAUACAUAUUCUAGCAUGUUCUGGAUCUGUUCUGGUGCCUCCUUCCUUUUGGAUGUACCUGACAUUCUUCCAAAUCACAUGCCUGUACCAGUUCAAAUGACUCCAGCUCAUAGGGGAGCACCUGGGUCUGCACCUAGUGGGCAUGGUUUAUAAGACAAUGUGAGGUUUCAAUUAUUUAGGCUAACCACCCACAAGGGAGGCCCAAGUGUGGAGUGUAGGAAAAAUAUCUUGUUCUGCCCCCAACUCAGUCCCCGCCAUGCAUAAUUCACAAGCACAUGCUCUCUCCACUGAAAAUCAAAUUUGUUAUAUUAGUGACUGCUUCAGACUCCCAGGGCCUCCUGCUUGGUUCCACAGUGAGAUGUUAAAAUAGUUUGGGGUAUGAUGUCUAACCGGUAGCAAAGUCUGUUACAGUUGUAGGCAGAGGCUCUGGGGUAGCUGGAGUUACAAAUCAAUCUAACCACCUACCAAGGACAAUCAUAUGUAGAUAUUUUGUAUUAGCAAUACAACCUGAUUAAGUUAUAAUUAACAAAUCUCCAAUAUUUUCAGUGCCAUAACUUGAGAAAACUAGAGAUAAGGUACAAAGAUCAUGGUCAUGGAUGGAUUACUGAAGGGGCAUACCAGGCACAGGGCCAGGGACCUAUCAAUCAAACAACCACAAAAUGACCAUAAAUAGAUGCAAAAGGACACAAAGAGACACAAAAUGAAGCAGAACAACUACAAACAGAUGCAAAAUUACCAAAAGAAAUGUAAAGGACACAAAAAGGCCAUCCAGUCUUGUUUGUUUGUUUGUUUGUGUGUGUGUGUCUCAGAGUUCAGGUUGGCCUGCAAAAUGUCACUGAGACACAAAGCUAGUACAAAAGGAAUAUAAAUGGAUGGCUCAUGUCUUUUUCAAGUCUUGGUGUCUUCCUCCUAUGUAGGAGGUGUGAGAGUCUAUGAUAAUGUGAAAACGUGUCUUUUACAUGCCUUGAGUCUCAUAAUCUGUCCAUGAUCAGGGCAAAGAGGUUCAGACAUUCAGUUUGUCCUCAAACAACCUUCUUUAGCAUGAAAGUUACAAAGCAAACAGUUUGACUGAGACACAUUUUUAAUCAGUUUCAGUCCACAGUUAAUUUGACAGCUCAGUUUUUUUCACAACUUCCUGCAUUGGAGCACUUGACAUAAACAUAAAUUGCUAUUACAAAGAUCUGUGUAUGAUUGAAGUUCGUGGGAGACCGGCCCUUCAUUUGGAAAUGAACCUGAGAUUUUUGAUUAUUCACUUUCACACUGAUCAUUUAACCUCAAUCGUUUUCUAGAGUCUGUUUUUUCUGGCCUGGUUGUUUGAUAUCUGUGAAUUACUAACUACUGGCCAAUUCUCCCAUGGACCUCCACAGUGUCAGCCAUGGUUGCUGGCAAUUUAUGAUGCAAAUGCAAAGCUUCUAAAUGAACAGAGGGUACAAAUACUAAGAAAGUGUGAGCUGGCUAAUCAAACGCAUGUAAAAUGUGUGUGCAUCACCGAUCAUCCUCCCCAUGUAGGUCUCUGUGACAUGUGACAGAUUUAGGAGUUGAGUGGGUUUACUCUCCUGGCUUGUUUGACUAAACUGUUUAAAGAGAGAAAAGAGAGAAAGAAGAAAAAAAAGAACAAAAACAUUCCUUGCUCUGCAUCCAGACCAGUGGUUGUUGACUUGCUCCGUUUCAUUCCGAGCUCUCGCUCUCUUGAUAUUGUGAUGUUUUCCUCCCAUGUAUUUUUCACAUCAUCAGUGUUUGUGAUUCAUUUGUCUGUGUUUUUUGGAGUAAACCAGCAAGAAGCCCAUAACGAUACAAAAGAUUCAAAUAUCCAGUGAAUGUUAAAUCAGGGAGUUUUAAAAUGUGCAAUUUCCCCAUUUCAAAAUGACAGAGAAAUCUUUGUUCCAAUCUGGCCAGAAAAAAAAAAAAACAUUUCCCCUCCCUUUGCCGAAAUAGCUGGUCUUUUUUCGGA